AUGUCUCCAGAAUUCGAAGCGAAUCUUUUGAGGAUCCUGGAAAAUCAAGGCCGCAUUCUUGCAGAGUUGUCAGCUUCCCGGGCGGCAGAAGCUCAAGCUAGUCAAGCAGGACAAGGGGACGGUAAUCUGCAACGCAGUCAGCAGCAUCCGGAAGAACCACGUCUGCGGAAUCAAAGCGAGUUUCUGAUCGAAUCGUUGUCAAGCGCAAUCAACGAGUUCAACUACGACCCGGAAGCAGGAAUAACGUUCGAAGCCUGGUUUGCCAAAUAUGAAGAUCUGUUCGAAGAAGACGCUCGAGCUCUGGACGGACCGGCCAAGGUUCGAUUGCUGCUUCGAAACCUCAGCACCGUAGCGCAUAAGAAGUAUGUGAGCUACAUCCUCCCGAAGAAGCCGAAGGAAGUGACUUUCGAUGAAACAAUCAAGACAUUGCAGUCCAUCUUCGGUCGUCAAACAUCGCUCUUCAAUCAACGUUACCAGUGUCUACAACUCAAGAAGGAUCCGACCGACGACUACUUCACCUACGCUGGAGUUGUGAAUGAAAAGUGCGAAGAAUUCAAGCUCUCGGAGAUCAACGCGGACCAGUUCAAGUGUUUGAUGUUUGUUUCCGGCCUGAAUUCAAGCAAGGACUCGGACGUUCGGACAACCCUUCUAUCACGGAUCGAGAGUUCCAAUCCCGCUACGCCGAUGACCCUACGCUCGCUAGCAGAGGAAUGCCAGAGAAUCCUGAAUCUGAAACGAGACACCGCCAUGAUCGAGAAGACCGGAGGAAAACAAACCGUUUGUGCAGUGAAGAAUUCAUCAAAACCGCCGCACAACAGCAAACCGCAAUCCGAAAUUCCGAACACACCAUGUUGGAGAUGCGGCGACAUGCAUUAUUCGAAGAAUUGCCCCUACCUCCAGCAUGAGUGUAAAUCCUGCAAGAAAACUGGACACAAGGAAGGUUAUUGCUCCUGUUUCAAGCAAAAGGAUAGGAAGAAGAAGCGUCCAUUCAAGAAUAACGCUGUGGCUAAAGCACAAGGACUGUACACCAUCAAUCAGGUCAGUAUCGCAGCCAGACGUAAGUUCGUGAACCUGGAGAUCAACGGACAUCCAGUACGACUACAACUAGACAGCGCAGCAGACAUCACCGUGAUUUCAUCGGACGUGUACAAACAAAUAGGCAGCCCCGUUGCAAGUUCAGCAUCCAUCAACGUUGUUAACGCAUCAGGUGACGACAUGGGUCUCAUAGCUGAAUUUGAAUGUACCGUUACUUUGAACGACGUCGUGAAGCAAGGAAGAUGUUACGUCACAAACGUGGACAAUCUCAACUUGUUCGGCACCGAGUGGAUCGAGCUAUUUGGAUUGUGGGACAUUCCGUUCAACGCAGUCUGCAAUCAAGUCUCCUCAAAAUCACAUCCAAAAUCGGAAGAACUUGUCCAGCGUCUACGAUCGAAGUUCAAGAACGUGUUCAGUGAAGACCUUGGAUUGUGCACUAAGAAGAAGGUAUCGCUAUCAGUCAAGCCAGGUACCAAGCCCGUAUUUCGUCCGAAGCGUCCAGUCCCGUAUGCAUCAACGGAGAAGAUUGAAGCCGAGCUGGAUCGUCUACAAAGUUUGGGAAUCAUUUCGCCAAUUCCAUACUCCGAGUGGGCGGCUCCCAUCGUUGCUGUACGAAAACCGAACGGCAAAGUGAGAAUUUGCGCGGACUAUUCCACCGGACUAAACGAAGCUUUGGAACCGAAUCAACAUCCGUUACCGUUACCACAGGACCUGUUUGCGAAGCUGGCGGGCAAGAAGUACUUCACUCAAAUCGAUUUAUCCGAUGCUUACCUACAAGUAGAAGUCACGGAAGAGUCCAGGAAGAUGCUGUCAAUCAACACUCACAAAGGCUUAUUCCAAUUCAAUCGACUUUCCCCUGGUGUCAAGACGGCCCCCGGCGAGUUCCAGCAUAUCGUGGACAAUAUGAUUGCGGAUUUGGAGGACGUUAGCGGAUAUCUCGAUGACAUCAUGGUAGCAAGUGACACCUUGGAGAAGCACAUCGAGCAACUAGACCGGUUGUUCGCCCGAAUUGAAGAGUACGGUUUCCAUCUGAAAAUUGAGAAGAGCAACUUUUUCAUGAAGCAAAUCAAGUACCUUGGACUGAUCGCUGAUGAAGAAGGACUUCGACCUGAUCCAGAAAAAGUUAAGGCAAUUGUCAAGAUGCCGGCGCCUCAUGAUGUUCAAACGUUACGUUCAUUCCUGGGAGCAAUUAACUACUACGGCAAGUUUGUGAGGUCCAUGCAUGAGCUUCGCCAACCACUUGAUGCUCUACUCAAGAAAGAUGUCAAAUGGAACUGGAGUCAAGCGUGCCAGGAAUCAUUCAACAAGUUCAAGGAGAUCCUUCAAUCAGACCUGUUGCUGACCCACUAUAAUCCGAAACUGGAGAUGAUAGUAGCAGCAGACGCGUCACAGAAUGGCCUGGGUGCUGUUCUUCUUCAUCGCUUCCCUGACGGCACCGUUAAAGCAGUUUGCCACGCUUCCCGGACGUUGACCAAUGCUGAGAAGAACUACGCACAAGGUGAAAAAGAAGGACUCGCUCUUGUGUUUGCCUGCACCAAGUUCCAUCGCAUGAUUUUUGGACGGCGAUUCACACUACACACGGAUCACAAGCCACUACUAGGAAUUUUUGGAUCGAAAAAAGGAAUACCAGUUCAUACAGCAAGCAGACUGCAAAGGUGGGCGUUAACUCUCUUGCAGUACGAUUUCAAGCUGGAAUUCAAGUCUACUGACAGUUUUGGGUAUGCUGAUGUCCUGUCACGAUUGAUCGGUGAACAUUCCAAGCCGGAUGAGGACUACAUCAUCGCUAGUGUUCAGCUAGAAGCAGACAUCAAAAGUAUGCAAGCCGAAUCUGCAGCAGUACUUCCAGUAACCUACCAGAUGAUUCAACAAGAAACGAAGCAGGAUGAAACUCUCCAAUCCGUCAUGCGACAUCUUCGGAACAACUGGACAACACCACCAGAAGCCAAUGAACUUCAGUGUUUCUUCAAACGGCGCGAAUCGUUGUGUGAAGCAGACGGAUGCCUCAUGUUCCUGGAUCGUAUGGUAGUACCACUGUCUUUGCAGAAUGCAGUUCUCAAGCAAUUGCACGCAGGGCACCCCGGAAUGCAGAGAAUGAAAUCCAUAGCAAGAAGCUUCAUCUACUGGCCUAAUAUUGACGCUCACAUUGAGGACUACGUACGCAAGUGUAGUGACUGCGCAGCAGCUUCAAAAGCUCCAGUGAAGACUACUCUAUCAUCGUGGCCUAUACCUUCUCAACCAUGGACCAGGCUACAUUUGGACUACGCUGGACCAAUUCAAGGACGGUAUUUUCUGGUAAUAGUGGAUGCUCAUUCAAAAUGGCCUGAAAUAUUCGCUACUACCAGUUCAACGGCAACAACGACCACAAGGAAACUUCACGAAUGCAUCGCACGUUUUGGUUGUCCUCAAAUAGUAGUUACCGACAACGGCACUCAAUUCGAUUCGGAAAUUUUCAAGCAAUUUUGCAAAAAGUUUGGCAUCGAGCACGUGCGAACUCCACCGUUUCAUCCACAAUCCAACGGCCAGGCUGAGAGAUUUGUGGAUACCUUGAAGCGCGCUCUAUCGAAGAUGGGGGAGAAAAAUGUGGAAGAUGCACUGCAAACAUUCCUUCAAGCAUAUCGUUACACACCCAACCCUUCUCUACCGGACAGUAAAUCACCGGCUGAGGCAUUACUCGGAAGAAAAGUUCGAACAGUCUUCGAUCUAAUGAAACGACCGGAACAGCAGGUGGCACACAGCAAUGAGAAACAAAAUGCUCAAUUCAACAAGAAGCAUGGAGCCAAGCAUCGCAGUUUCGUGAUCGGUGAGGAAGUAUAUGCUGAAAUUCACAUUCGAAAUGAGAAAUACUGGGCCGAAGGAGUGAUCAUCGAGCAAAAAGGAAAUGUGGUGUACAACGUUCUUUUGGAAGACAAACGACGUCGAGGUUUGAUCCGAUCCCAUGCAAAUCAACUACGACGACGAACACUAUCGGAACCUACAGCGAUUGAAGAUAAUACGAUUCCGUUGCAAAUACUGCUGGACGAGUUUUCAGUCACAGAACCUAUUCCAAUUCACGAAGACGAUGGAGGUCAACGGGAGGUUUUACCAGAAGCAAACGACAACCCGCUAUCCCAGCCAGUUGAAGUUCAGCUGCAACCGUUUUUGGAUGUUCCUGGGCCUUCGAGAUUGUACGAUCGUGACCAACCAUCAACGCAGCGGCUGGCGAAGAAAAGGAGUAUUCCGUUCCGUGAUCCAUCCAGCAGGAAACGAAGACUCCCAUCUCACUUCGAAUAUUAUGAGAUUUAUUAA